AUGCAAAAAUCUGAGAAACAACAUCCCCCUCUAGGUCAGACGAGAAAACCUCCAACACUUCAAGAAUCACUAGACUUUGAGCGCAUAGUUGCACCUUUAGCAUCAUUUGACACCAUAGACCUUGGAGAUGAUGACCUGACCCCCACUGAUGAGGUGCAGCCCAUUUCUAGUCACACAUGUGCAACGUCGUUUACCAACAAAAAUCUCACAGUGAGCUCCACUGGACAAGCCACCAGACCCUCAGAUCUGAAAAGUUUACACACCAAACAGGCUGUAGCCCAGGACUGUGCACUACACGACCAGGAUCUCACCCCUACCACAGAACAAGGCACCCCAUCAAAACUGGUGGAUAAGUUCCACUCACCAACUAGCCAGAACAGGUCUAAGUGUCACAGUGGUGAAGGUCUGGACACCAGCAAUACAGCUAGGGCUAUAUCACCGCCUUCUGUUAAUUAUACAGAAAGCAGUGUGGAAAAUGUUAGUAAUGCUGUAGGUGGUCACAAGGCGUCCAUGUCUAACACAGCACCCCAGGUUGCCGAGGCCAAGGCAAAGCAAAACAAGAAACCCAAGAAGCAACGGAAGAGAACAAAUUCCUCUUCUUCAUCAGAAUGGAGUGAUGACGAAAGUAGCAAAGGUUCAGCAGGUGUGUCUUGGAGCAGAAGAGUUCAUAUAUAUGGCAAAAUUAAUAAGUCACCAACCCCUAGUAGCCCCGGAUUGGCCCUCCCUCCUCUACCCAAGGAAACUUCCCCAAAAGAUAGCUCUAUAGAAACAGUAGAGAUUCUCGAUUUGAGCAAAGCCAGUGCUUCAAAGAAAAAAGCUUAUUUGAAAAAGCUACAGAGACUUCAGGUAAAAACAAACCCCAUUGAGAGACCAAGAAGCACCACACCCAUCAACAUUUUCACGCUUGAUGAAUAUGUCCACUAUAGCUCUCCAGAAGCGUCACCCGGUGCUGAUAAGAUCAAAAUUAAACUGCCCGAUGAAGAGUUCAGUCCACGCAAUGCUGAGAAGGACAAUCUGUGCUUUAACUUUAAUGAAGAAGAUCUGUUCAGUCACACAAGGUCUGGCAUUCUAGUGACUAAUGACGCUCAGGUUCCUACCAACCCCCAGUCUCCUAGACGGGUGCUUAUACCUCCUAGUCUAACGCCCACAAGUUCUCCCAGCCGAUCUGCAGCCAGCUCCCCACGGUCCCCACGAUACAUCUACUGCCCGUCAACAAACACACAUUUCCAGUAUCCAGGUGAAACAGCCGAACAUCAGCCAGCAGUUUCUGGCCUUGUCUGCAAUAAUAACUGGGUAAGAUUCGAGGAUUCUUCAAGUUCAGGAAAACCUGUAAGAUCUCUGAGUCAGGCAAAGCCACAGUCAAAGCCAGUAACACUCCCAACAUCAGUGAAACCAAAUUCCCCACAGAAUAUAUCUGGAGACACAGAGGAAAUCCUUGAGGUACGUGUUGUGGAAGAUGGCAAUGCCAAGCGAGACUGUAGUAUUAAAAUCCUCCCGGCUGAGACUUCCCACUCUGCCCCAGUCCUAGAAUCAAAGGUACCCAAUGUGGCCACAGCAAUUGCCUCAGCUUUAAACAAUACUGAUGAUGAUGAUGUUGAAGAUGACAAAAUUGAGCCUCCCAAUAAAGCAGCAGAACAGAGUUCCCCAGUAAAAGAAACUAAUUGUCAAAAGGUAAGAGACUGA